AUGUUUCAUCGACAACGAUGGAUCAGCGUGCUUGCGGCAGUGUCGAUAGUCUCGCUGUGGUUUUUCUUCUCGUCCAAAAACCUGUCUUACACGACGUAUAAUGACCUGGGCGAUGGUUUAGACAGUGAUGCCAGUGAUGCCCUUAACAGUGCGGAAAAGCCCGUGGAAAAGACAAAUUCACGGUUGCAGUCCAUAAUGCCGUCGAUGCCGGACCAGAAGGCCAAGGAAGCGCUGGGAAGAGCGUCGUGGAAGUACUUUCACACGGUUCUGGCGCGGUUUCCAGACGAUCCCACUGCAGCGGAGCGCGACAAGUUGUCGCAGUUUCUGACACUAUAUGCAGAGCUAUAUCCCUGUGGCGAGUGUUCUUACCAUUUUGUGAAAAUGCUGGAGAAAUGGCCUCCACAAACGUCCAGCAGGACCGCAGCGGCCGUUUGGGGCUGUCACAUUCACAACCGCGUCAACGAGCAUCUCAAGAAAGAGGAGUUUGACUGCUCCAACAUUUUGGAAGACUACGACUGCGGGUGUGGCGGCGAGGACGGCAAGAUCAGUCCAGAACUUCAGCUCAACAAGGUUUCGUUGCAGACAGAGGCGAAACAAGGUGGAUGA